AUGCGAAUUUUCGACUGCGACUUGCCGAGAUACAGCGACUACAGUUCUUCGAAAUUGCCUUCUUACGUGAAGGAUAGUUGUGGGAGGAAGAACUUUUGCUUUGCUCAUGGAACAAAGGAAUUUUGCAAAGAGCCGUUUUGCCCAAACGAUUUCACGAAGGAAAGGAAAAUGUGCUCAAGGGGACCGUGCAAAGCGUUUUCUCGUGAUGGAGAUUUGAUUCAAGAAGCGAAUCGAAUUUGCCACUCGAAACCGGUCAAAGCGAUCAAGACCAUCAGAAUAACGACGAUUUCGCCGUUUCUUGAGUUUUUCAACGAAUUCGACUUUUCGCAAAAUUUCAAGUUUGUUCUUCUCAUCAGGGAUCCAAGAGGAAUGCUCAACAGUAGACUUAGAAUUUCAAGAGUUCAAAAACACGAGAAAGACAAGGGCGCCGAAAUAUCGAAAAAAGUGAUAAAAAUAUGCAAUCAAAUUGUCGAAAAUAUCAAGACCAUCACCUCCAGUCACUUUAUGCACUCACGAACGAUCAUUUUACGAUACGAAGACGUAGCUUUGGACCCCAAAAACUAUGCAAAGAAAAUUUACGAAAAGUUCAACCUUGAUUUCACCAAGAAUAUCGAUUCUUGGAUCGACGAAAAUACCCAUCUGGAUGGAAAAACGUCAAAGAUGAAUUUUUACGAUACACAUAGGGAAUCUGCGAAAAUAGCUUUUGACUGGCGAAACGCCCAUUCAAACCGAAAAAUGCCUUACGAGUUUCUUCAACCGCUUCAGACGGGAUGUGCUGAAAUGCUGAGCCUAACUGGCUACAACGUUUUUCUUCAAAGGAAGAAAUAUGUUUUUUAUCUCUUCGAGCCACUCAUCCUGGCUGGAAUCGAGACAGGAGCAGAAGACGUCAAAAAAGAACUGCUGAUGCGAAUUUUCGACUGCGACUUGCCGAGAUACAGCGACUACAGUUCUUCGAAAUUGCCUUCUUACGUGAAGGAUAGUUGUGGGAGGAAGAACUUUUGCUUUGCUCAUGGAACAAAGGAAUUUUGCAAAGAGCCGUUUUGCCCAAACGAUUUCACGAAGGAAAGGAAAAUGUGCUCAAGGGGACCGUGCAAAGCGUUUUCUCGUGAUGGAGAUUUGAUUCAAGAAGCGAAUCGAAUUUGCCACUCGAAACCGGUCAAAGCGAUCAAGACCAUCAGAAUAACGACGAUUUCGCCGUUUCUUGAGUUUUUCAACGAAUUCGACUUUUCGCAAAAUUUCAAGUUUGUUCUUCUCAUCAGGGAUCCAAGAGGAAUGCUCAACAGUAGACUUAGAAUUUCAAGAGUUCAAAAACACGAGAAAGACAAGGGCGCCGAAAUAUCGAAAAAAGUGAUAAAAAUAUGCAAUCAAAUUGUCGAAAAUAUCAAGACCAUCACCUCCAGUCACUUUAUGCACUCACGAACGAUCAUUUUACGAUACGAAGACGUAGCUUUGGACCCCAAAAACUAUGCAAAGAAAAUUUACGAAAAGUUCAACCUUGAUUUCACCAAGAAUAUCGAUUCUUGGAUCGACGAAAAUACCCAUCUGGAUGGAAAAACGUCAAAGAUGAAUUUUUACGAUACACAUAGGGAAUCUGCGAAAAUAGCUUUUGACUGGCGAAACGCCCAUUCAAACCGAAAAAUGCCUUACGAGUUUCUUCAACCGCUUCAGACGGGAUGUGCUGAAAUGCUGAGCCUAACUGGCUACAACGUUUUUUCUUCAAAGGAAGAAAUGUAUAACGAUACUCUUCAACCGCUGGUGCCAAAUGAAAGCAUUGACUUUUUACUUCAUCUGUAA